AACAUACCACUGGGAGUCUUCCUGCAACUUAUCGUACUUUCUUGCGAAAAAGGUCUUCAGCAGCUUCCCAUCAGCAUUUCUCCGUGUUCAGAUAUCAAAGUAUAACAAAGCACAACAUCAAAGAAGUGGAUCAUGGCUGCUUGUAUCUACUUCCUCUUGAUGCUGAUGGUGUGCCAUUGCUAUGCGCAGACUUGGCCAUCUGGUACCUACGGUCUUCCUAAACCUCUGACUGGGUGUCCAUCUGGCUGGGUUGAUGGGCGUAGAGGGCAUGAUACUGAAGACACAAAUCCAAUCAACAUGUGGAGUGUCCCGAUUAAUCUGGCCGGUUAUCAAGGUAGAAGCAACAUGGAGCAUCAAUUCUGCAUGAAGACUUUUACUUCUGGUAGCUCCAGCUGGCCAGCAGGGGAGUACUGCAUCUACAAAUAUGGGUCUUGUCCAUCAGGAUUCCAGGAAAAAUUCAUUUUAUGGGAUGAUGAAGACACCAAUAACAUGAAUACCAAGAGUGGGACUCUGCCCGAUGGCAUAUACGACAAUAACUCAUUGUACAAGUUCUGCUGCCGAAAUGACGGUGAUACUUGGCAGGCCAUUUCUCUUCCAACAGGAAACAAUUUCUAUCUUUUCGCCAUAAAGGCUGGGUCUACUUGUCAGCGGGUUAUUGGCAUGGAUGUAACAAGUGAGUGGUUCCAUUGGGACAAUGAAGAUUACAUGAAUGCAGACGGUGAAAGUUCCGGUUCCAACACUCCCUAUCCAGGUGUUUCACUUUCGGGAAUAAUGCUGAUUUUCUGCUACUACCAACCUGCAAGUACAAGUGCCUGGCCAUCUGGUACCUACGGUCUUCCUAAACCUCUGACUGGGUGCCCAGCUGGCUGGGUUGAAGGACGUAGAAGGCAUGAUACUGAGGACACACAUCCACUCAACUUGUGGAGUGACCCUCUUCACUUGGCUGGUUAUCAACAAAGCAGCAGCAUGGAACAUGAAUUCUGCAUGAAGACCUCUACUUCCGGUAGCUCUCGCUGGCCAGCAGGAGACUACUGCAUCUACAAGAAAUGGGCGUGUCCAUCAGGUUUCCAGGAAGGUUACAUUUACUGGGAUGAUGAAGAUAGCAGCAAUAUCAAUACUCAAAGGGGCACUUUGCCCGAUGGGGAAUACACCAAUGACACAAAGUACAAGUUCUGCUGCCGAGAUGACGGUGUUGUCUCACAGGCUAUCAACCUUCCGACCACAGAUAACUUUUAUCUCUUUGCAGUGGGAGAUACUUGUCAGCAGGUGGCUGGUAAGACAGUGGUCUCAGAAUGGUUCUACUGGGAUAACGAGGAUUCUUCUAAUGCUGAUAUCCAGUCUGGUGAACACCCAUAUCUUGGCGUGACUGCUAGCGGUGGAAACAUCAAGCUAACCUUCUGUUACUACAACUAGCAAGAAGCCACCGCCAUUGGCACAGCCUGUUUUACCAUGAUGACGACAAAAUCACGAUGAUUAAAGUAUUUUAUUAGCUUUUGAUAAUUGAUGUAUGGCCUUUGUUAUUGAUAACGUUUUUGCUCUCUUAUUUGAAAAUCGUUCUUAAUCAAUGAAUAUAAUCAUUUUGGCAUUACUAUACUAUAUUUGACUUUAUAUGCCUAUAGUCUUAUGUUUGAUAUAUAUUCAGAAAUAACUCUGUUCUAGUAAAACACGACUAGAAAAUAGUUAAAUACGACUAGAAAAACAGUUGCACUUGAUCAUAAUAACCAAUCCUAUUUUAGUGAUUUGUUUAUAGAAUGUUCGACUCUAAAAGAACAUCUCUAUAUUUUAACUUAUAUGCUCAAAUAGGAUGGCGAUGCUUCUAUCGAAAGUCUACACAUUCAAAUUAAUUUAUAUAACUUCAUACUUUAUUACCCCGGGGUAUUAAUUUUGUGAAAUAUUCAUAGUUAGAAGAUUUCCAAAUGUGACGGUGUUUCUGGUUUCACAUGUCAUAUGAAAAUUCGUAGUUAUGAUACAAUUAAUCCGUCGAAUUUAUAUUCUGCCAAUUAGAGGAUCUGUCCGAUCAAGGCUUAUAUAGGAAACAUGAUCUGUUCUGUGACGUGUGUACACUUUCUCAUAAUACACAGUCAUUAUCGAGGAUGAGCGCUAUAUAUUACCCCUCCCCCCAUUUCCCUUAUAGUUCAACUGUCUUACCUUCUGAAUUGCACACACUCUGCAAAGCAAAUAAAUUAAGCUCCAGCAAAGUAACUGAACUCCUUGAACUACAAUUGGGGAUGGUUGAAAUAUGAUUUGAUAUGUAGGCCAGUGAAAAUUACAUUCACGUUGAGUAAUAAGUUUAUUAUCACUUAAGAAUUAUAGCCCGUGUACCGUGUAAUAGCCUAAUUUAUUAACUUUCAAUAAGAUCAUUUCCUAGGGGGCUGGUAUUUC